AUGGAAGUAUGUCGUCAAGGAUUCUGGGCUUCAUUAACAGGUGGUUGGUAUUACGAUCCAGCAAGUUCAAAAUUUUGUAAUACAUUACAUCUAUAUUUAUGGUUAUAUCUAUUUAUUUCACCAUGUUUAUUAGGUUAUUUAUUUGACAGUAACUUAACAGAUAUUAAUGGUUUUUUUUAUAAUAAUAGUAUAUAUUUUAUAAUUCUUUAUAUAGGAACAAUUUUUAUAUUAUUUCUGUUCAUUAAAUUUACAAUAUUUCAUUUUCAUACAAUUUUUGAUAAUAAUGAACCAUGUAAAAGUAUUGUCGUAAAAAGAAAAACUAAAAAAAUUAAAAAUGGUCUUCAAACUAAAAAUAUGAUAAAACAGCCUGUUAGAAGGAGAAGUAGAACAUCAAGAAGGACCUCAAUGCCACCAGGAAAAAGAUCUAAUCCACGGGUUGAUUUAAUGAUUCCUAUUAAAACUAUUGAACAAAUUAAUGCUUUAAGAGAAAGAAAUUUUGCAACAUUAAAUGCCUUAGAUGAUAUUCAAUUAAGAUAUAAUAAUAGAAAUACAAGAGCUAGUUCAAUUCAUGAAUUUUCAAAUCCUAAUCAAUCCCAAAAUAAUAGUAAUAAUAUAUCAAAAGAUAUUACACCAAUUAAUAAGAUUGAAGAAAUUUCUUCAACACCAGGUCCUUCUGGUCUUUCAAUAUCAGAUAAUGAAAGAAUAAAAGAAAGAAAAUUUUCUGAUCCAGCAGAAAGUAUAUUUCAUUUACCAGAUGAUGAUAAUAGUGCUAUAAGAAGAACAUAUAGUUUAUAUUUACCAAAAACAUCUAUUAAAAAUCAUAAUAAUGAAAAAAGAGAAAAUUUAAAAUUUAAACAUGAAGAAGAAAAUUAUGAUGAUAUUCCAAUAACAAUAACAGAAAUGCUUAAUGAAACAUGUGAUGAAAUAAAAAAUGAAACAAAAGAAGAAUGUAAAGAUAAAAAUAUUAAAAGAUUAUUACUACCAUCAAGAAUUAAAAGAAGAUCAAAAGGUGAAUGGAUACCUGAGACUGUUGAUAUUAAUUUUGCAAUGGAUGUUUUACCAAUAGAACAACGAAAAAUAGCAACAAUGUUAAAUAAAGGUGAAAUACUUAGUGAAGAUAAUUGGUUUGUUAGAGCAUUGAAUAGUUUAGGUGAAAUAGAUUUUUUAAAUAGUUUAGAUAAAGGAUGUACAGAAUCAACAAUAUUAAAAUGUGAAAUAAUAUCAUUUAUGGAAACAUUACAAAAAAAAUAUCCUAUAGCAUUUCCAUUUUUAAAUGAUAUUAUACAAAAAAUACAUAAUACAAUACCAACUGAAACUGUUAAUGAAGAUAAAAAAAAUAAUAUUAAUAAUGAUUUUACUGAUAUACUUGAUCCAGAUCAACCAGGACCAUCAAAUAUUAAUUUAUUAUCUCAAGGAGGUAAUAAUUUAAGAUUAAAAAAAUCAUUAGAAGAUAAAAUACUUUAUGAUGGUAAUUUACAUUUAGUUAAACAUAAAAAUAUUAAAAAAAAUAAUAGAUCAUCAUUUCAUUUUCAAUAUCCAGAUUUUCCAACAAGAUAUCAACCAAUUGAUGUUCCUGAAUAUGAAAAAGAUUUAACAAAAAAUAAUGGUUGUGAUUUAGAGUAUGAUGUUAGAAAUAUAAUUACAAAUCUUAUGAAAUCAUCAUAUAAUCAUAAUUUUAAUGAUAAUAUAGAUGGGCCAUCAACUAAGAGAGUCAAAAUUCAACAUCAUAAUAUUGCUAAGAAAAUAAUAACAAGACAUACAGAUCAUCUUAGUAUACAUUCAAUUCUUACAUUAUCUGAUGACGAUAUUGAAAAAAAUAAUUUUUGUGAUGGAAAUCAAAGGUAUACUAAUACUACUCAUCAACAAGAAAGAGAUAAUUAUUGGAGGAGUGAUAGUUCAUUAUCUUCAAUUGUUAAUAAUCAACAAUCAUUUAGAACUAAUUUUCGUGGUUUAACAUCAUUUAUUGAAACUUUUCAAAAUACUAGAAAUAGAGGAAAUAAAAAACGUCAACAAUCAUCUGAUGGUUUAAGGUAUAGAAUAGCAAACUAUUAUGAAUUUCGUUUUUGUCCCAAAUGUUUAUUACAUAUCCAUAAAACAACAAAUUCAACUACCAACAGUAAUUCUAAUAAUUCAGAAAAUGAAUAUUGUAAAAAAUUUCCUUCUAUUAGAUUACAAAUGGAUAGAUUAUAUAUAAUGUCACUUUUUGAUAAAAACAAAAAUAUAUAUUCAUGUAUAAUUGAUAUUAUUAUUGCUGGAGUAAUAUCAAUAUUAACAUCUAUAAUAUUUUAUUGUAAUAUAUAUAAUGGUGUAUCAAUAUACUUUUAUUCAUUUGUUGUUGCUGGAGCACAUUUUUCAUUAUUAAAAUCUGUUCAACCUGAUACAUCAUCACCUGUACAUGGUUUUAAUUGGAUAGCUUCAUAUUCUAGACCAUUUUAUUUUACCUCAAUAUCAAUAUUACUUCUUUGUAUAAAUUAUAUUGAAAUAUCAAAAAAAUAUUUCAAUUAUAUAGAAAAUGAUUCAAUAUAUAUAUUCGGGUUAGAAAAAACAACCUUUCAUAAUAUAAUAUACUUUAUUAAUUCAUAUUUUUAUUAUUUACUAUUAUUUAUACCAUUUGCUUCAAUGUUAGGUACAUUACCACAAAUUACAACAUUAUUUAUGCAUUUAUUUGAACAAUUUGAUAUGUAUUUUUUUGGUGGAACAGCAACAUUUUCUCUUAAUUCAUCAAUUAUCUCAAUUAUUAGAUCAUUUACAACAUUAUGUAUAUUAAUAAUUUUAUCGAUAUUAGCAUUCAACUACUCAAGAGAUUCAACUGAUAAUUUAUUUUUUUCAUUAUACAAUGCUUCUAUUAUAUCAUUUUCUUAUGGUAUUUCAAGAUAUUCAAGUAAUUAUUCAUUAAUAUUUUUAUAUUUAAAAAAUAUUUUAAAAGAUAAUCCUAUUAAAAAAUUAAGAGAUGCAAUAAUAAGAAUAAAAAUAAGAAAUAGAAAUGGUAGAAGAAGAAGAAAUAGAAAAAAUACUAAUCCAUUAGAAAAAGGUGAUAAAAAUAAAAGUUUUAAAAGUAAUAUACUUUUUAAUACAUCAUCAAUAAUAAAUGAUAGUAAAGAAGAAUUUACAGAAAAUGUUGAAAUGAAAGAACUUUUAGGUGAUGAUGGUGAAAAUCCAGCAUUUCAAGGUAUAAAAGAUACAUAUAUUAAUGAUGUUCUUAAUACUAUUGGUAUACGUUUUCAACAUGAUCUAUUUUCAAUGCCAUUUAUAAUGUUAAUAUUUUUUGCACUCCAUUCAACACUCCUUUUUCAUAUUCUUCAACCAUGGUUAGAAAGGAUAUUUGUAUCAUUAUCAAUUAUUAUAGGUUUUUAUAAUCAUUACCUUUAUCCACAUUUUCGUGCCAAAAAUCCAUGGAAAGUUUUAAUAAAUCCUAUUUUUAAACCAGCAGAAUUUUUUGAAUUUGAAUCAAAAGAGGAAGCUGGUGUUACUUUAUUUGAAAAAAUACAUCUAUAUUUAUUAUUUAUUGAAAGAAAUAUUAUUUAUCCAUUACUAAUAACAUCAUUAUCAAGUACAUAUACAUGGAAAGUACCUUUUUAUCCUCCAAUAAUAUCAACUAUUAUAUUAUUUAAAAUUUCAAGAACAGCUUAUAGUCAACCAUAUAAUUUAUAUUCAUCAUUAUUUUUUACAUACCUUCUUAUGUAUUAUGAUUUUUCUAGAUGGUAUGGUGAAUUUGGUAAUGAAAUUAUUAUAUGGUAUUUAUUAACAAUUAUGUGGCCCAAAAUUCAAGAAUUUCGUUUAAAAUUAGAUUUUAUUUUUGCAUAUAUUGCACCAUGGCAAAUUAGUUGGGGUAGUGCAUUUCAUGCAUUUGUUCAACCAUUUAGUGCUCCUCAUUCUGGAUUUUUAACAUUAGUUACUUUUAUAUCAUCAAUACUUUCAGCACCAUUAAAUCCAUUUCUUGGAUCAUCAUUUUUUUUAAUGUCAUACAUGAGACCAAUUAAAUUUUGGGAGAAAGAUUAUAAUACAAAACAAUAUGAUUUUACAAAUGCUAAAUUGUGUGAUCAAAUGGAAUCUAAUCCAACUGUUGAUGAUUCAAAUCUUAAUGCUGUAUUUUAUGAACAUAUGACAAGAUCAUUACAAAAAUAUCUUGCCGGUGACUUAGCUAUGGGACGUUGGGGUUCUAAAGUAGAACAGGGUGAUUGUUUUUUAUUAACAUCAUUAAAUAUGAAUUGUUUAGUUCAUGUUAUUGAGGUAGGAAAUGGUUUUGUAACAUUCCAAUUACGUGGUCUUGAAUUUCAUGGAACAUAUUGUCAUCAAAGAGAAGUUGAAGCAAUUAGUGAAGAUCCACCAGAUAUAGGAAAAUUUUUCUGUUUUUAUUUUAAAGGAUUAUUUGGUUUUUUACCAAUAAAUACAAUGUUAUCUUUUAAAUGGAUGGCAUGGGAAGUAACAGCAUCAAAAUAUAUUAUUGAUGGAUAUUCAAUAACUGAUAAUUCUGCUAUAAAUUUAUUACAAGUUCAUGAACUUAGAAGACUUCUUGUUACUUUAUAUGUUAAAUCAAUAAUUUAUUAUGCUUUAAAUUCAAAAAAAUUUUAUGAUUGGAUAUCAAAUACAAAUAUAAGACAUUCAUUAAAAGAAGUUAUUAUGAGAACAUUUUACUUUGAUGAUGAUUCUUUUCAUUUUAACUCUGCUAAUGAUGAAGAUUUUGAUACACGAAAACGUGGUAUUUCUAGAGUUUCAUUUAAUAGUGUUUAUAAAAAAUGGAUACUUUUUUGUCUUAAUAAAACAAUUGGUAUUAAACAUCCUAAAGGAACAAAAGCAAUUAAUGAUACAAAUUUAAUAACAGCAUUUUGUUUUGCAUUAUCAUUAGUUGGUAGAAGAAUUUUAUCAUCAGCUGCUUAUAGUCAUCAUUCAACUGCUGCUGAAGCAUUUUUACAUGGACUUCAUAGUAUGUUUAAGGGUGACUUUCGUGUAACAGCAACACAAGAUGAAUGGGUUUUUGAAGAUUUAUCAAUAUUAAAUAAAGUUAUUUCACCAGCUGUUAGAAUGGCACUUAAACUUCAUCAAGAUCAUUUUGCAUCAUCAGAUGAUUUAGAUAUUAUGGAAACAUUAUAUCUUAAAAUAGGUAAUUAUCAUAAACAAAUAUUUAUAUCACAUGAACAUGAUCCAUUAUGGAGGAGUGCUGUUAUGGCUAAUAUACCAAGUUUAUUAGCAUUGAGACAUGUUUUUGAUGAUGGAACAAAUGAUUUUAAAGUAAUAAUGUUAAAUAAAAUGUAUCUUAAUAUGAGAGUAAUAAAAUUAAAUAAAGAAUGUGUUAGAGCAUUUUGGGCUGGACAACAACAAGAAUUAAUAUUUUUAAGAAAUAGGAAUGCUGAAAGAGGUAGUAUACAAAAUGCUAAACAAGUUUUAAGAAAUAUGAUUAAUAGUUCAGCAGAUCAACCAAUAGGAUACCCAAUAUAUGUAUCACCAUUAACAACUAGUUAUGUUGAAACACAUCAUCAAAUAGAAGAAAUUCUUGGUGGAUCAUUUAGUAUAAAUAAUAUUGUAUCAUUUAUUCAAAAAGGUAUAACAUUUGUAAGGGAUAUGUUAACAACAAGUAAUAGUACAAAUAUGACACAAAAUAAUUUUGAUGGUCGUGAACCAAUUAGUAUUAUUAUUGGUGAUAGAAGUUGUGAUCAUCAAUCUAUUGAUAAUAGUAAAAAUGUUAUAAAACAAAAUAAAAAUGAUCAAGAAUUGAGUAAAAUAAAUAUAUGUGAUAAGUCAAAAGAAAAAUAUCCAUCAGCAUCAUACCAUGUUAGGACACCAAGUGGUAACAAUGUUCAAAAUGUUGUUUUAAAAUUAGUUCCCGGUAGUAAAAUAGAUAGUGUAACAAAAGUUUAUCAUUCUGUUAAUGAUGAUGAUGAUGAUGAUGAUGUUUUAUCAACAGGAAGUGUUAAAAUAUCUAAAGAAGAAGAUAGUUGUUUUAAUAUUGAGGAUGAAAAAGAUGAAGAAAAUAUUGAUGUUAUUGAAAAAGAUGAAGAUAAAUUUGAUAUGGAGAAUGUUAUUAAUGAUAUAGGUGUGAAAAAUGAUGAUGAAUCAUUAUUUAUAAAAACGCGAUCUAAACGUGAUAUUGGAAAAUGGGCUAAAAUAGUUGAUAAUAAAUAUGUUCAAGAUCAUUUAAAUGAAAAAAUGAAAUCACUUAAUCGGUAUAUUGUAUUAUGGCCUUCAGAGGAAUGGCGUCUCUCUGGUGGACUUAAAAAUUGGCCAUUUCUUCCUAAUAACGGUUUAAUAGGAAAAAUAGUUCACGUAUGGAGCCCUUUUAAUCCCGAUCCAAUGUAUCGAUCUCAUGCUGGGUUUAUUUAUUUAAUUAAAAUUAAGUUACCUGUUAAAGAUUUACAAAUUAUUAAAGAUAGUGAUAUUGAAAAGAAGGAUGAUGAUCAAAAUUUAAACGUGGUAUAUGUUCCUAUCCUUGAAGAAGGAAUUAUUUUGGUAAACAAGGAUAAUAACUAA